AUGGAGGAGGAGCGUUGCGCCUUUGGCGCCGUCCGUGCGAACGGCACGGAACCCCUUGCAGCGUCUGCGGCCCAGGCUGCUAGUCAGCAUCCGACGGUGCAUGCAGACACCGUGGUGAUGCCUGAUUCAGAGCAGUCCCAAGGAGACCAGCAAACGUGUGAUGACUUGCCCACUCUGUCUGCUAGAGGACCACUGAACGGAGUUGUCAGCGGAAGUCGCCCUCCCACACUCCCCCUGCAGUCCUCGCAGGCUUCUCUUCUUACGGACCAGGAAGCGAGUGAGGAGAGCAUGUUACGCAGCCUCACCGCAGCAUCGGGAAGCUGUGCGGGAGCAGAGGCGCCCACAGCUUCACGGCCUCACGGGGAAGCAGCCAUGGAAGUCGAAGCACAGGAUAACCGAAAUGGUGAUUUGGGUCCUGAGCCGUUAGAUGUGGGACCAGUCCCGAAUGGAGUAGCGAAAGCAGUGAACGAGGCAGUUGCUGUCGAGGGUUCAGGAGGUGUUACUGCGGAGACAGUUGCACUCGGCGCUGUUGGAGACGACACGGGUGAUGCGGGAGGCGCAGAGAGCGACGGCAAGGAAAGCAACGAUAGUAUCUGCAAUGAAUGUGGUGGGGGGGGGGAAGUUGUCUGCUGCGAUGGUUGUGUCAAGUCAUACCACGCAGAUUGUCUUCCGGUUGUCGCCAGGCCUCGCCUUCGAGCCAACGCAGAUGACUGGUACUGCCCAGAAUGUGCCUCAGCAGCGGCAGCACCCUCCGCUGCGGCUGCAUCAUCUCCUGGGAACCCUAAGCCAGCCACUGGCCUCCCAGAUUCACGCUUUGUUCGACAAAAUGCAGCUCCAGUGCCUCCGUCGCCUAUAUAUCAUCCGACUGCCCCGGCGGUUUCGUGGCCCUCCAUGCCGUCUUGUGUUCCUACAAGGCGCAGAAAAACAAAGGCAACGGAGGACUAUGAAACAAGAAUAAAUGUGGGGCCCAAUCAUCAGGUGCCUCACCUUCCAGAUUUUUUCUUGGCCCGCGGAGAGAGCGACUCGCUUUCGACCAUUGCUGAACAAUCCCUAGCUGAUGGCGCACAGAGUCAGGCUUUGGGCCCAUUACUCGUGUAUUCCCCAUAUCUGAUGGAGCGAUCAAAACAACAGUGCUUAGCAGAACGGGCUUCGAAAUCUUGUAUCAACUCGCAGAAGGACUUGGCAGAGUUCCUUAUCAAGUGCUCAAAACGCUGGAAGGUUCGCCCCGGCUGGCAACCUUUUUCACCCGAGUUCGCUUACAAGUUGUUGCACCGUGCCAACUACGACCCAGAGAGAGCACUGCGGAUGAUGGACGACUCUGCUUUUUGCUUUCAGAGUGUAUGCGAUCCACCCCUCCGAAAGUACGAAAACAAAUGGAAGCGACGGGACAAACGAGGGACGUUUCCGAGUUCGCCUUACCCUCCUCCGGUGGUUGUGCGCGGCUACUUGAAUGAGAAGCAGAGGCAGCUCCGCAUGGGCAGGUGA